AUGACAAAACCCACAUUGAACACAUUUGACGAUGAUUUCCAUACAAAGGGCGGGUAUCAGCCUCGAUUUCAAGACGAGAUCAACCACACGAGUUCACGCGCGGUACGCUACCAUCCAUAUAGCAUGCCGAUCAGCCGAUUAGUGGACAAGAAAGUCCCAGACAUAGAAAAUUAUGAAGCAAUAGGGCGUCAAAAGUCUCCAGUUAAGUCCAUAAUCCCAUUCUCUUUAGAGAGUUUCUUAUCGCCCGUGUCUACUCCGGAUUCCGGAAUCGGAACUACACCAGCGUAUGUUGAAGAGCGUGAGAGUACACCAAGCGCAAUAGACUGCUCGAUGACGUCACUGGAUUCUCUGUCACCAGCGUCGGUCAAUACUGGAAGCUCAACAAGUUCCCCUUACGGGUCUGAGCGUUUAUCUGGUUCCACCAGCGGCUCGCCCAAAAAAGACGCCGAGUCAGCUCACACUAGCGAUAAGGAAUCGGACGGGAAGUCUCAAAAAGGUGCGAGAACCAAGUACACGAAGGAGCAGCUGAAGACGCUGAUGAAAAUCUUCCAUGAGAAUCCGUACCCUGACUCGGAGAUGAUGGAGAACAUUGCCAAGGACUUCUGCGUCAAGGAUACCAACAUCAAGAUCUGGUUCCAGAACAAGCGCGCCAGGUGGCGCAGGCGAGUGGAGAACAUGAACAACUCGACUCAGUCACACAUGCUGCAUGCGACGCCGGUACCAUCACAAAUGCAUCCGUACAUACCCAUGUGCAGCAACUUUCCAGGCAUGCCUUUGUCGCAGAACAGCGGUUAUAUGUACUAUCCUUGGAUGCAGACUGGAACAUUAAGUACAAACAACAGCACUCAACAGCAAAUUACGUUGAACCAGCUACCUACCAGACAGAUCUCGCCGACAAUGGCUCCAACAUCAUUCGCUCCGUAUUACAACAUCCCGUCUCCCAUGCCAACCAGUUUGUACCCGACACCUGCUGCAACAUACCCCGUCAUGACGUCACCACAAGAAAGUAUAACGGCAAACAUGAAUCGACAUUUAUCGCAUAACAUGCAUGGGACUCAGAACAACUCAUUUGUACGUUAA